UCAGUUUUUAAUUUCUUUGACAUUAUUUUCCUCUGCACCUUUUCUUUAAGGUUGUUUUCUCUCAAUAUUUUCUCCCAAAAUGGCAAUUGAACAACAUCAGAAUCUGAUCAAAAUCACUGGCAAAAGCCAUGUGAAACCCAACAAGAAUAUUGGGAAGAAAGAGUGCCAAUUGGUCACAUUUGAUCUUCCCUACCUAGCUUUCUACUACAACCAGAAGCUGCUUUUUUACAAAGGGGAUGGUGAUUUUGAGGGAAUGGUGGAGAAACUGAAAGAUGGACUCAGUGUGGUGUUGGAAGAUUUCCAUCAACUGGCAGGUAAGUUAAAGAGAGAUGAAGAGGAAGUGUUCCAAGUGGAAUAUGAUGAUGACAUGGCUGGUGUGGAGGUCACAGAGGCCAUUGCUGAUGAGAUUGAGGUAGCAGAUCUCACAGUGGCUGAGAGUAGCAGCAUUUUGAAGGAUUUGGUGCCUUUCACUGAGGUCUUGAAUUUGGAAGGGAUGCACAGGCCUUUGUUGGCAGUUCAGCUAACCAAGCUCAAAGACGGACUUGUGAUGGGGUGCGCGUUCAAUCACGCGAUUUUGGACGGCACAUCCACGUGGCACUUCAUGAGCUCAUGGGCAGAGACAUGUCGUGGCGCUCCCUCCACAUCAGCCCCGCCCUUCUUGGAACGGACCAAGGCACGAAACACGCGUGUGAAGCUCGACCUUACCCUUCCUUCAGGCACGCCUACAACCCCCCACAUUGAUGAAGUGAAGCCCAUGCCCAACCCACCACUAAGGGAAAAGAUCUUCAAUUUCUCUGAGUCAGACAUCGAUAAAAUCAAGUCAACCAUUAACGAACCUCCAUCGGACGGCUCAAAACCAUUCUCAACCUUUCAGACUCUCUCUGUCCACAUUUGGCGCCACAUCAUCCAUGCACGCAACAUUAAACCAGAAGACCACACCGUGUUCACUGUCUUUGCAGAUUGUCGGAAACGAGUUGACCCUCCAAUGCCUGAGGCUUACUUGGGGAACCUAAUUCAAGCUAUAUUUACUGUUACAGUGGCAGGGUUGUUGUUGGCAAAACCGCCACAAUUCGGUGCUUCUUUGAUACAAAAGGCAAUUGAAGCGCACAAUGCUAAAGUCAUUGAUGAACGCAACGAAGGUUGGGAGAGUGCGCCGAAGAUCUUUGAGUUCAAAGAUGCGGGGGUGAACUCUGUGGCGGUUGGUAGUUCACCGAGGUUUAAGGUUUAUGAUGUGGAUUUUGGAUGGGGGGAGCCGGAGCAUGUUAGGAGUGGGUCCAAUAACAAGUUUGAUGGGAUGAUUUAUUUGUAUCCUGGGAAGAGUGGAGGGAGGAGCAUUGAUGUAGAGCUGACCUUGGAGGCUGAAGCUAUGGGGAGAUUGGAGCAAGAUAAGGAUUUUCUUAUGCAGGUCUAGAACUUAUGCAUGCUUGGUUAAUUAGAUUAUGAGAUGAAGAAAAUACAUUUCAGAUUGUCCAAGGGAUGGGUUUUAUAGUUUGCGUGUGAUUCUUAGUGCUAUUUAAGGUUUGUGUAUUGUUUUAUCUAGAAAUUCAUACUUUGUGUAGUGUUGUUCAAUAUCUAUUAUAAAUAAUGUAUGUUCCUUGUGAGAAGUUAAGAAAAAAAACAUAAAUAUUAUAAUUCAUAACUCUUUUACACAAUUCACACAAUCAUUUAGA